UGCAGCCAGUCUCUUGGUGGAACACAUGAGAGCAAGAGAGAGACAGGAGGACUGUGCUUUGGAUUGAAAAAAGUGGAGCUGCAAAAACGGACUGAGCCAUAGAGGAAUAAAAGACACAGGAAGAGGUGUUUAGUCUUUUAACAAAAGGUGCUGCUUGCCUCCCUUGAUUUCCAUCAGUAGCUAACCACCCUCACCAACCACUACCAUGGGUGAAAUGGAGAAGAUGAAAAAGGAGGCUGAGACCCUGAAGACACAGAUUGAGGCGGCCCGCAAGGCAGCCCAUGACACAGACUUGGCAGGCGCUGCCUCUGGAGUGGCCCCUGCACCCACCAUACAGCUGAAGACCAGGAGGACACUGAAGGGUCACUUGGCCAAAAUCUAUGCCCUGCACUGGGCCACAGAUAGCAAGCUAAUGGUCAGUGCCUCACAGGAUGGCAAACUCCUUAUAUGGGAUACCCACUCUGGAAACAAGGUUAACGCAGUUCCCCUCAAGUCCUCAUGGGUGAUGACCUGUGGAUAUGCUCCCUCUGGAAACCUCGUGGCCAGUGGUGGUCUUGACAACAUUUGCACUGUCUACAACUUGAAGACACCCAUUGUCAAGAUUGUGAAAGAACUGGACGCGCACUCAGGUUACCUGUCCUGCGCUCGCUUCCUUAGUGACGAUGAAAUUAUCACUUCAUCUGGUGAUACCACCUGUGCUCUGUGGGAUAUAGAGUCUGGGAAGCAGAAGACAGUCUUCCUGAACCAUGUGGGUGACUGUAUGUGUCUAGCUCUGUCCCCUGACAUGAAUACAUUCAUAUCUGGGGCCUGUGACUCUCUGGCCAAGUUGUGGGACAUCAGGGACGGCCAGUGCAAGCAGACCUUCCAAGGACAUACCAGUGACGUCAAUGCCAUAUGUUACUUCCCCACUGGAAACGCUUUCGUCACUGGCUCAGACGACUGCACCUGCAAGAUGUUUGACAUCCGCUCUGACCAGGAAGUGCUCUGCUACCAAGACGCCCAGCUCAAUAGUGGUGUGACAUCGCUGGCCCUGUCCAUGUCUGGCCGCCUCGUCUUCGCCGGCUAUGACAACUUCAACUGCAACAUCUGGGAUUCCCUCAAGGGAGAGAAAGUUGGAGUGCUGUCUGGCCACGACAACAGGGUGAGCUGCACCGGAGUGCCACCAGACGGUAUGUGUGUGUGCACCGGCUCAUGGGACAGCUUCUUGAAGAUCUGGAACUGAGCUGGUCCACCGGCAAAGACCCAGACGAGGAGAGGGAGAGAACGAGAGAAAAAUGAGAGAUUAAGCUAGAGUUGGAGGGCAGAGGUAAAGAAACUGGGAGAGAAGAAACUGCCAACAUCCAGGUGUUAAGAUAGUGGCAGGGCCAUUUUUCAAACUUAUUGUGUCACAAAACAUUUUCUCUCUCUCUUUCUUCCUCCUGAGUUCUGGAAAAAAACGGAUGGAAUAUAAAAGGAAUUGUAAACGUCCUCUCAAACCACAAAAUGCAGCAUAUAAUAUGAAUGGGGAAAUAUAUUCAUUUAUUACAUCAUGACAAACACCAAAAAUAGCAUAUAAAUAACAUCACGGUAAAGAAUAAAUGCUACAUAUAUUGUUUUAUUGUACUUGGGAUACCAAUUACAUGAUAGAUUUUUGACAAAUAAUACAACAAAUAAGAUAAGUCAAGAAUGAAGAAUAAAAAAACAGAAUUAUAAUUUACAGAUCACAGAAAAAUAUAGAUUUUAAGAUAUUUUUGUCUCAGGGCUGAAUGUCCACAUUGUUAGAUGAAAGUUUGUAUGUAAAUUUGUAUAUUUUAGCUCAUUUGAUAGGGUGCAGAGGUAAUGUACAGUGACUUUUGUCCCGCACCCACAGUUUACAAGUCCAGUACAGGAUGACAGCUACCAUUCAGUGAAAAUGCUGGCAACUCAUCCAUUGGGCCAUCUAAGUUUGCUGUAAAAUGGCCACCGUCCACCACUAAUCAUGUGAAUCCCAGAUGGGAAACUCAAUAAACUGUUAUUCGGUCCUUCAGACACUUUCUUUUAUAGACUUACAGACCUCCGGAAUGCCACAUUGUGUUUAUUAUACAACAAAAUGUUUCUGUAACCUGUUCACAUAUUCAUGUACGGUCACUUUCUCUCCUGCAGAAUUUUGUAGUACUUUUACAUUACCACAGUCUCUCCCAAAUAAAAACUAAUAAUGCAUUGAAA